UCAACGACGAACGUCAUGCCCGAACCAGCGAAGUCCGCCCCAAAGAAGGGAUCUAAGAAAGCCGUGACCAAGACGACUGGUAAAGGAGGCAAGAAGCGCAGAAAGACCAGGAAGGAGAGUUAUGCUAUCUACGUGUACAAAGUCUUGAAGCAGGUCCACCCCGACACCGGUAUCUCUUCUAAGGCUAUGGGGAUCAUGAAUUCCUUUGUGAAUGAUAUCUUCGAGCGCAUCGCUGGUGAGGCUUCUCGUCUCGCUCACUACAACAAGCGUUCGACGAUCACCUCCAGAGAGAUCCAGACUGCCGUGCGCCUGCUGCUUCCCGUAGAUGAAGCCUAGUCAUCUGCUGAGAAGGGCUAAUGGUCUAGGCCUACGUGACCCCUUUGCCCAAGGGGUCAUUCGCAAGGUGCAUCUAUAAUGUCCCAUGCAACAGACUGAGAAGUCUUGGAAGAGCUAGCAUGUGUAUGCGCACAUAUAUGUGCAUGUGUGAGACACACAGAGAGAGAGAGAGAAGCUGGAGUUGUGCAAGGUAUGUGUAUUCUGGGAGUGGGAUUACUGACCCACAGGACUGUGACUUAUA